ACAUAACAAAACGAACAUGUCUCGGAAUUUGGUCGCAGGCCAUCGAUUUAUUUAAUUUUCGUGAAUAUUUCUUUUGUUACGUUUGCAUAGUAAUUAUACUUUAAUUGUAGUUUUGAUAUUCGCAGUUUUUUGUUCUCGUAACAAUCAAUUCCUGGCGUUACGGUCGCUCGCUUUUGUAGGGCGCAAUUUCCAUUUAAUAUUUUCAGUUAUUCGGGCUACAUUUUUGUGUAAACAAAAAUUGAAAGGACUUUAAUGGCUGUGAGAUGUAAUAUAAUAUCAUCUUCAUUAGUUGUGCGUAACGGGGUUUCGUAUUUAUGGCUGUUAGUUACGAAUGCAGGGGAAUGGACGCCAUGUUGUUAUUUACUCUUUGAUUUGUAAUCGUCGCGAGUCGUGAUAUGGGUUUAUUGUUAUUUUGCAAAGCGUCGGUUAGUGUGUGAGCAUGUUGGAGGAUGUACCCGUCCACGGCAGCCGGAGUGACCCCAAGGGCUCGAAGGUCUCCGCGCACCAGAGAAAUCUCAGCUUGGACUUUAGACAUGUGACGGGUGCCAGUGGGCCGCCGGCGGGAUGCGGCCACCAGCGCAACCGCUCGCUGGACUCUGUCCUCCAGCGGAUACCCGAGGACAUGACGCCGACGUCGCCCGAGGGCUGCCCCGGGCGGCUGCCCUGCGAGCCGGCGGCGCCGCGGCUCGCGCUGCCGCCCGAGGUGCCCGCCGGCUCCGACGACUCCGGCAUCCACACUCCCCCCGACGGGCCCGAGGACGACCGCCCCCCGCCGCCCGCCGCCGCCCGCUCCCGAGAGAGCCUCGACUCCGGCAACCCCGAAGACACCGACAAACCCCCCGAUCCGCCCGACACUAAUGAGACAAACGAAACAAAAUCCGAACCGGACCGGACCACGGACGCGGACACAUCGAAAAACAAAGACUUCCUACUCCGACUGUUCGAAAGCAAACUCUUCGACAUGAGCAUGGCCAUCUCAUACCUCUUCAACUCCAAAGACCCCGGGGUGCAGGCGUACCUGGCCAACAAACUUUUCUCGUUCCCGCACGAGGACGUAGACUUUUAUUUGCCGCAAUUGGCGACCAUGUAUAUAGAGAUGGGUGAUGUGGCCGACGUCCUGAGGCCAUAUUUAGUGUUUAGGUGUAAACAAAGUGCGGAGUUUUCCCUGCGGUUGGCCUGGUUAUUGACGGCAUUCGGAGGGGACGCGAAGAGGUCGAAAGCGAUGAAGUUUAGAGAUUCAAUAUUGGCCGAGGAGAUCAGGCCGGCGGCGCGGCGCGGGCACCACCGGUCGCAGUCGGACGCGUCGGCGCUGCGGCUGGCGACGCCGUCGGGGCGCCACCUCGGCGACCUGGCCUCGGGCCGGGCCUUCGACAGCGGCUGCUUGUGCGGCGAACAAUGCUCCUGUGGAGCGCCGCGAUUAGCGCCACAAACACAGUUUCUCAACGCCCUCACGAGCAUCGGUCGAAGGCUGGCCGGAGUGCAAGACAAAGAGCGAAGAAACGGACGGCUCAGGGCCGAGCUCGCUUCGCUGGACCUCAACCUGCCGGCCAGGGUGUGGUUGCCGCUGCACCAGCGCCCGCACCACGUGCUGAGGAUACCUUCGCAGGCUGCGGCCGUGCUCAACAGCAAGGACAAGGCCCCCUACAUAAUGUACGUGGAAGUGCUAGAAACAGAGGGCCACGAACCACUUCCCCCCCGUCUACUCCCACCGGCGCCGCCCGCGCCCCACUCUCCCCCCAUCCGGCACACGAAGAGCGAGGAGAACCUCGUGCCGGAGUGGCCCGCGCUGUCCCUGUACUCGGCGCUGGACGAUGUUGAUGCUGGAGAUUGUUGGAGUCAUGAUGAUGAGGAUUUGAGCCAGUACCCGGCGAGAGCGCCGCAGCCGGACAGCGUUUCACAGGUGUCAGCGGUAUCAGCGCUGUCGGCGUCGUCGGCGGGCUCGCGGGAGUCGCUGGCGGUGGGCGCGGGCGAGGUGCGGCGGCGGCUGGCCGACGCCACGGCCGCGCCGCCGCCCAACACCUUCCGCCACGACCCCGCCGACCCCUCCGCGCUCGCGCUCAAGGAGUCCUGGGAAAGUAAGCUCGCGCGCAUGCGCUCCUCCUCCCCCUACGGGUCCCUGGCGGGCUGGCGGCUCCUCGGCUGCAUCGUGAAGGUCGGCGACGACCUUCGACAAGAGAUGCUCGCCGCACAACUGCUGCGAAGACUUCAAGCUGUUUGGGACUUGGAGAGAGUGCCGCUCAAGUUGCACCCUUACGAGAUCCUGUGUUUGGAUAAGGAGUCGGGUCUCAUUCAACCGGUACUAAACUCAGUGUCACUGCACCAAAUCAAGAAGCAGUCGGGCAAGUCGCUGCGCGCGUGGCUGGAGCUGGAGCACGGGCCGCCCACCAGCGAGGGCUUCAUGCGCGCGCAGAACAACUUCGUGCAGUCCGCGGCCGCGUACGCGCUCACCAGCUACCUGCUGCAGCUCAAGGACAGACAUAACGGAAACAUUUUGCUGGACAGUGCGGGACACAUUAUCCAUAUCGACUUUGGAUUUAUUUUCUCCAUUUCACCCAAGAACCUGGGAUUUGAGAGUUCACCUUUUAAGUUGACGCAAGAGUUCGUGGAGGUGAUGGACGGCGAGAACUCGGACAUGUUCGGAUACUUCAAGAUCCUGAUGCUGCGCGGGCUCAUCGCGGCGCGCAAGCACUGCGACCAGAUCAUACACAUCGUCGAGCUGAUGCGCAUGUGCGGGCAGCUGGCCUGCCUGCGCAGCAGCACGGCGGUGUCGGGGUUCCGCGCGCGCUUCCACUUGGGCCGCACGGAGCCGCAGCUGCAGGCGCUCGUGGACCGCCUGGUGCGCGACGCGCUGCACUCCCUCUCCACCCGCCUCUACGACAACUACCAGUACUACACCAACGGGAUACUCUAAUACCACACCACACAUUAAACUGACAAUCUCCCGUGAGACAUUCGUCCGAUACCUUGGGACACGAUUACAACCUCGAGCCGCUUCGCUCGUUCGUCUAUUUGCCUCGCUCGAAUAUGCAAGGCAAAAGAGCAGUUGAUAAGGUUAUUUAAAUGUUCGCGGGAAGGGGGUCCCUUGGUUUCCCAAAAAGUUUUAAGUCAUAAUAAUGUGUUGUUUGCCCGCAUUUUCGUUAGUCAUAAUUAAUUUGGUUCAGAAACGCGUCACUUUUCAGGAUUGCCAUAAAACAAACCUGACCUAUCUAUAGGAUAACCUUACAAAAAUCCUGAAAAGUUAACGGUUUCAGUUUUAUGGCUAAUAAUAAUAUGACUAACAAUACAUUAUGACUGAAACCUUUAGGGGAAACAAAGAGACCCCCUCCUGCAAGCAUUUAAAUAACCUUAUCAACUGUUCUUUUGCCCUGAAUUUAAUAACCUUAUCAACUGUUCUUUUGCCGAGCGAAGUGGCUCGAGGUUGUAAUCGUGUCCCAAGGUAUCGGACGAAUUCGUGUGAGUUUAGUAGAAUACGUAACGUCGUCACGCGACUUUCGGACGUAUCGACCAUUCACACGAUUUCGUUCGAUGCGUGUCACAAAUUUGUAGUAGUGUCGAAAAGAAAAUCUUGCCGUGAAAAUAGGAGAAUCCCGAGUGAAACUGUCGUAAUAUCUUAACGGUAUUGACAAUAAAAAAAUACAAUUUGAAAGGAACAUCGUCUAUUAAAGAUUGCAUAAAAAUAAAUAACUAAUAAUUGUAAAAGCCUUCAUGUAAAUCUUAAUUUUUUUUCUAAAAUGACACAAAACAACUUAAUUAUCAAAUAUCAGCGCCGAGCUCAAACAAAAUCAAACUUAUAAGUUUAUUAGUAUAUCAUCUUUACCUUGUUUAUAUUGAGGUACUUAAUAAAAACUCCAUUCCACAAUAACUAUGACAAGUAGUCAAAUACUAGGCUGUUUUUGUAUUAGACCACACUUCUAACCUUUCAAAUUGUAAUACGGCUAUACUAUCCUCCUAAGGCCCAAGGUCCUACCUAUAGUACUUAUUCAGUUCGAUGAAAUUUAAAUCAUAUUCAAUUGGAACAGAGUCGCAUUUGUUUUGUUUCGUAUAAUUUUCAAACAAAACCAAAAUCAACUCUAUUCCAUGCACUAAAGGUUCAAAUUUCAGUGGCAAAUUCUGGAUUUUUCUUUUGUAUGGCUGGGCCUUAGGAGGCUAUACUCAAUGUAUAUUUGGACUCUGACAAAAUAUCUGAGUGAUGUAGAUAGAAUAUUUGAAUGCGAAAUUGACACUAGAUUCCAUUCCAUCGAAUAUCAUACAUUUAUUCACUUAGUUUUAAAAUUGGUUUAGAUUUUUCUAACGUUUUUCAAGCUACUUUCGAUAUAACGAGUCAAUAUUAUCCGACUUAACAGAAUUAUAAACACAAAUAGAUUAUAACAGUCUAGUUUAAUCCAUGGUUUAAAAUAUUUAGACUUAAUCCCUAUCCCAUUUUGAUUAGUAAAAGACAGAAUGUUCCGAUGUAGGAAAUAUUAUUAAGUUACAUCUUCGCAGAGACUUACGAGGUCAUUCUGCUCUGAUGAGGAACGCAGUAAUAACAUAGUCAUAAAUAUGUAUGCAGGUGUGUGACUUAUGCCAUGAAAAGGAGUAUAAAUACGUGUACAUAUUAUUGACUGGUAACUUAACACGUUUCCUGUCCGGGUGCCCCCGAUGUGGGGUCUUGAAGCUUUGUUCAGGAGUCCGUGCUUCCACUAUGGGUUCACAACUUUAAAGUGAAAGCACACUUGGCCGUAUGACUUUGUCAUAUCAUUUUGUAUGGGACAGUUAACGUGUUAAGGUACUGCGUUGUUUUCGAACGUAUUGACGAGUCCGUCGAUCAUGUUCGACGUUUCGAGCCGCGAGCGGCUCUGUAGUUAGUGCCAUAGGGCCGGCGCAGACCUACAGAGUAGAGAACGGAUAACUUGCAAAUUGAACCAUAUUAUAACACACACAAGAAUCAAAAUGCAACAGAACUCAAAUCAGGAACAUAUCAGUAUAUUGCGCAUUGCAGCGGUAUCAAGCUAGAAUUGAUUCCUUUGUUCGUUCUUUUUAGAAACAGGUACGUUGAUGUUAAAAAUAUCAAUUUUCUUAAGUAUUAGCCUUUAAAGCGAUAAAAAAUGAUAAAUCCUCUCCGUUCGCCUCCCUCUAAGGUCUGCGCGGGCCCACAUCCAGGUGUCAGUCGUUCUCUUGUUUAGUUCGUUGCUCAGCGGCCCCCCGGCGCCCGUCCGUAGCCGUAGUGUAGCGUCCGACCGACCGGGGCCGCACCCACCCCUCACUUUCGGACACCCUGUAUAUAAUAUAUUAACAAAAUUAUGAUAAUUUUCGCAUUGAGAAGACUGAUGUUCGAGCAUGAAGCGGUUUAGAUUUAGGUUUCUUAUCCUUGUAUAAGUUUUAACGAUGUAUAUUGAAAUUAAUUGUGUACGAUGAAUUUAUGAAACGCAGGUUCUAAAUAGGAAAGCCAAAGCAUUCGCGGAUGGACGCAUGGUGUGUAUCGGAAUAUUGUUGAUAAAUUAGAUAGCAUCACUGAAAUUGGACGAGUAGAUAUAAAAUUGUGCCAGCAUGCAUAUAUAUGUAAUGUUAUGAUUCCUGUUGUAAGGACGGACGGUUGUUGUUUGAUGUUGUAGCGAGCCGCGGUGCGCUAGAUAGGCUUCUGGUAUCUGUACUAAAGGGAUAAAUUGCGCAUUACUUUGUUACACAGAAUAAAUAUUUAGUUUUCUCGUACGUGAUUGAAUUAUGUUGGGAUUGUUUCGUAAAUAAGCUUAGCGUAGUGUGGAAGGAAAAUGUUGCCAAAUUAUUACUGAGCAGAAAAGAGAUGCCGAUAUUUUUCGAUAUAUUCACGAUUUCCCUGAUAUUCACUCUUUUCCUAUUGUAAUAGAAUUAACAUAUAACAUGGCAAUUAAAAGGGCCAUUGUAUAAUUCAAACAUUACCAGACUUCAGGAAUACAAUGUCACUUUCAAAUAUCAAAACGUACCUUAUGUAGUUGUUAUAAGGUACCUUUUGAUAUAGAAAACCAAAUGGUUUAUAUUGAAUUAUAUAAAUGACUUCAGUAAAAUCUCCCAAAUAUGUGAUUGUGUUUGGAGUGUGCUGUCCCUUUUUGAUAGUACAUUUGCAAAUUAAGUACAGAGGAAAAACAGUCAUUUUACAUAUCAAAAAAUAAACCUUAAGCGCCUAAAGAAAAGGUACAUUUUAUGUUAAGUGUGAAAUGAUCGUUUUUCCUCCGGAUUUGUCGUUUGAUAGUUAUAUUUUUGUGAAACAAUCUGGACUGUGAGUACGGUUAUGUGUCGAAUUGUAUUUUUGCGCGAAUUUUGUCGCUGUUGAGAUAUUGAACAUGUAGAUAGCUUAUAUCUGAUGUACCUUUAAUAUUUUACUCUUAAUAUAGUCUCAUUAUAUUCGUUUUCUAGAUAAAUUGAACUUGUAAAUAGAAUAGUAUUUGCUUGAUAAUUCGAUAAUGAUAAUAAUUACCAAUUCCAGUUAAGAAACAUAACAUCCAAAGUCCAAUGUUAGUAAUUUUCGUCAAAAUUUAUUCCAAUUUAUUUAUCAAAGUGUACAGAUAAUUUUAAGUACUAUAAUGUUUAUCUUAAUUUUUUAAAAUAUAUAUCACGAUUUUUUA